UUGAUGUUUAAGGUUAGGUAUUACGACUACAAAUAUUUUAAAAUCAUGUUUUUAAAAUAACUGCUUGCGUUGAAUACAAAGAUAACAUUAUAUGUUGCAAGAAGAAUGGUGAAUAAAAACAAUAGAAACAGUGGGAUAUAAAGAUACUUAAAAUGUUUGGUGACAGCUGAUAUAAAUUUAAGCAAUUAUCAAAUAAAAUUAAAAUAAACAAGAUAAAGCAUAUGAUACCUAUCGUUAUUAGACAAAAUCGUCCUGAUAAUUGUGUCUACAUCGUCUGAGUACGGCUAAUUUUACACUUCAGUCAUAAAUAAUUCCAUUGGAAUAAAAUGACUGGGAACGAGAAAAAGAAUAUAUGCCCACUAUUAAAAAAUCCGGAACUGUACAAUCCAGACACAAUCGACCUGUUUAACAAUGCGAAAGAGCGGAAUUACUGGCUGCCGUGUUUGGAGCAAAUGGUUAAAAAAUUUGUGAAUAAAGCCGGAUAUUUGAAUCCAGACGAUCCAUGUGCCACAGAAAAAGCUGAAAUGUGUUUUCAGAAAUUCCACAGGCUAGUGGAGGAGCUCAGUGUCGAUCCAAGUAUUUUAAAGCCAUUAAGUGUGCGUACGUUAUUAGAAUUUAACGAGGACAACCUACGUGCCAACAAUUUCAAGGAUCCGUGGUUACUGCAAAAAGAAAGAGAGAGCGAUCAAGCUCUGAAUGAAUUCGAAGAGAGAAUUCGAUACAUAGAUUCGAUAGCCGACAAGGAAGAGAAAUGGUUGGAAUUGACAAAGGGCGUUUUGGCAGGAAACGUUUUCGAUUGGGGAGCAAAGGCAGUGUCUGAUAUUUUAGAGCAGUCUCAGAAUUUCGGUUUGAGAGAGGCUAUGGGUACGAUUCAGAAGAGGCCUUGGUUUAUCGAUAAUUUAAAUGCCUGGAUCACGAGAUUAAAGAAACACCCUUACAAGACGUCCGUCAUAUUCGUGGACAACUCGGGUGUCGAUUUCAUACUGGGCAUCCUGCCCAUGGCAAGGGAACUAUUGUCCCAUGGUACAAAGGUCGUAAUAACUGCCAACAGUACACCGGCUUUGAAUGACGUUACAUACCACGAACUGAACUUGUAUUGUUGCAAAGCAGCUCAGCAUUGCCCGGUUUUAAAAGAGUCCAUAGCCAGCGGCCAGUUGGUGACGGUUGAAAAUGGCCAGAAGAGCCCAUGUUUGGAUCUCACAAACCUCUCUUCAGAACUGUGUAGUUUGAUGAAGACGGCGGACCUAAUCGUUCUGGAAGGCAUGGGUAGGGCCGUCCAUACGAAUUUAUAUGCCAAGUUUACGGUGGACUGCGUAAAAUUGGCCGUUUUGAAAAAUGAAUGGUUGGCACAAAGCUUAGGCACGCACCAGUUUUCCGUCAUUUGUGAUUUCGAGCACGCCAGUUAAAAUACUUAGAGUGUACCUGAUGCAAUCAGUAAUACAGCUUUAAUUUAU